ACAAAAAACCACCACAAAAGAAGGUUGGCAACAAUGACCCCGUGCAAUGAAAACGUCAAAACAGAAAUUGACAGUAAAUUUUGUUUUGAGAACAGUUUAAUAAAUUCGUUUGUACUCUGUUAAGGUGUUUAUCAGUGUUUAGUUUGUAUUUUUGUUUUGCGUCUUCAUCGAUGUGCAUAUAAUUAGUAAAAACACCUUUGUAGCGCCCGACACAAGCAGUCGCAUAUAGACAAUUAUAGGAAAUAAUAAACUUGCGUGUUUUAAUUUCUUUCGCUAUAUAAACGGAUGAAGUGUAAUUAAAAAAUAGUUUAUUUAAAAAACUUAUUAACCAUUAUAUAAUAAAAACCAGUGAUAAAAAACUAAACGCAAUCGAUUCUACUCUAUUUGUAUGCUAUCUGAUCAAGCAAGAACGCUUUUAGAAAAUAAGCUAGUUGUCCAUAAUUGUUUGCAUUAAUUGUAUUCGGGUUUUAAAAAAUAGCAUACUAAUAAUUCAAAUAAAAUAAAAAUUAAGUAAAUACUGCUUUAAAAGUGUAAAAUAUUCGUUUAAUAAAAUACUAUACAAUUAAUAUUUUGUAUUUAAAUAUACCGCCAAAUUGGCUUCGCAAAGCUCUUUUCUUGAUAUUUACAUCAUGGCCUGGGAACAUGGCAGUUCUCCUGUGGAUUGGUGUGAAGGAAAUUAUCUGAUAUCUUCAAAUAUAGCAGAAUUUGUAAAUACGACAAGUAAUUUUCUGUUUCUGCUCCUGCCACCAGUUUUGAUAUGUUUAUUUAAGGAGUAUGGGCGUUUCGUAACACCUGGUAUACACGUGCUAUGGGUUCUACUUAUUAUAGUGGGUUUAAGCUCAAUGUACUUCCAUGCAACGCUCAGUUUAAUUGGCCAAUUACUUGAUGAGCUGGCGAUUUUAUGGGUUUUUAUGGCUGCUUAUUCUUUGUUCUUCCCAAAAAAAUAUUAUCCAAAAGUCUUCCGUAAUGACCGAAAAUCAUUCAGCGUGUUUAUGUUUCUUUCGGCGAUUUUCGCGACGGGCAUGUCAAUUUGGAAGCCCAUAGUUAAUGCUUUUGUACUAAUGGCUAUGGGCAUGCCAACAAUGAUAAUGAUGUAUCGUGAGCUGCAAAGAGUGCGAGAUCAGCGUGUUUAUCGGCUGGGCUUGCGUUGCACCGCCGUUUGGUUGAUUGCAGUUUUCUGUUGGAUCAACGACCGAAUGUUCUGCGAUGCUUGGUCGGCUAUUAAUUUUCCAUAUCUGCAUGGUUUCUGGCAUAUAUUCAUAUUCAUCGCUGCAUAUACGGUUUUAGUUUUGUACGCGUACUUCUAUGUCGAAAGCGAGCUGCCACAACGGCAACCGAUGCUAAAGUAUUGGCCUAAAAAUGAUUUCGAAUUCGGCAUACCAUUCAUAUGCAUACGAAAUCCGGGCAUGACCAUCAAGAGUGCCAUCUAAAAGAAUAAAAACUUAUGUACAUACAUGCGAGUAUAAAUACAUAUAUUAUAUAUAUACAUAUACAUAAUUAGUUGCACCGAAGAUGCGCUGCGUAGCAAUUAGCAAGUAUACCAAAAAGACAAACUAAUAAGUAUGUUAUAUAUCAAUUUUACAACACGUUUUUAUUAGUGCAAAAUUAUUAUGCAUAAGUUGAAGUAUGCAUACAUAUAUUUGUAUGUAUGUAUAUUUUCAUAUUUCAAAAUAGCUUAUAAGUAUUACCUUUUGUAGCUGUGAAAGAACGAAAUUAUAGAUUUAGAUGCAUUAAAGAGUGUAGGUACAUAAAUAUAAACUGCAUAUGUGAUGCCAAAUUUAAUUGUAUUCGUCUUGACACUUGGCAGUUGUAAAUGAAAGCAAUUAGUUUUUUCUAAAAAUAUCUACCCUUUAAUAAGAAUCACUAUAUUUUCCAUAUAAAGUUGCGGUGAAUGUAUAAGCUUGUGGUUAAACUGUGCAAAAGUGUCGCCUUAAUUUCUAAUAAUUGGCUUAAAUAUUAUAUAAAUGUCUUAUUUAAAAUAUCAUUUAGUUGUUAAUAUAUAUUAUAUUGUAUAAACUUUUGUUUUUCUUUUUCCAAUACUUAAGUUUAUGUGUUACUAAUUAGUAUGCAAUGUAUAGCGUUAUUUUAAGAAAUCCAAUAAUUAAUUAAUUUAUUAGAACAGCUAUUACAUUGUGCUCAAACCAAAUACUAAAUUAGUUGUUUAACAAUAAAAUGCAUAUAAGUAUAUGUUUCUAGCAUCACGCUGAUACUGAUUGCAUGUAUAUCGUCCUAAUCAGAGUUGCGAAUUUUUUCAUAAAAAAAAUUUAUUUAAAAUCUAGAUUUCAAACUUUUAAUUCCAAUUUUGGGAUUAAAAAAAAUAAAUAUUUUCAAUGUUUUUCGAUUCAAAACUUAAAAUUUUAUUCCAAAAUGUUAGGUUAAACAUUAAAUUUUCUAUUAAGAUUUUUAUUUAUUUUUAAUUGAAAACAUCUUAGAUUAAAAAUUUGAAUAUCUGAAUGAGAAUUUAAUUUUUCAAAAUGAAAAAUCUUGGAUUAAAAAUUUGUUUUUCUAAAUAAGAAUUAAAUUUUUUUUUUCUAUUUGGAAAAAAAAAUUUUAAUUCGAGAUUUUUGGAUUAAAAAUUUCAAAAAUAUUUUUUAAUUUAAAAACUUCAAUCACAGAUAAAAAAAAAAUUUCAAAUUGAAAGGGAAUAAAGGGAGAAGGGAAAGGAAAGAUUUGAAUAUUUCUAACUCAAACACUAUGAUUAAAAA